AUGUGCUGCACGCAACAAGCGAUCGUCCAAAACCUGAAACUUGUCAAUGAUCUGAUGGAGGAGGCAGAUGAGAAAGAGAGAAAUAGAACGUGUCUUAUCAGUAACCGAGAGCCAUCAGCCAGUCGGCCAAGUUUUAUCGAACUGCUUCCAGGUAUGUUGACAUCUGGUGGUCUCCUCCGCCGUCAUCAGAGUUCGAACCACCAGUGCUCGAUCGCCUGA